AUGUCGCUUGCCAAGAGAAAUAAUGGUUGCCUCGAAUGUCGGACGCGCCGCGUCAUUUGCGACAAGGCCGAGCCCGAGUGCUUCAAGUGUCGGAAAAAGGGCAUCAAGUGCUCUGGUCAGGGCAUCGAAUGCCGCUUCAGCCCGUACAUGCGCAAAAAGUCUGGCGCCGCCAAAAUGAAGGGCAGCACGACGGCUGUGACCUCAGGCGAGAGCUCCGUCCACCCCGCCGCUGCCAGCGCCAGCGCUUCCGAACCGAGCGCAUCCACCGAUGGGACAGCCACGCCGGCCCAAACAACGUAUUCGAAGCAAUAUCUUUGGGUAGAGCCGGAACUCAUACCGGGGCACAACCCGAAAGACGUGCCAAUUGCGGCGCUCGUCGUACCCAAGAUGGAAGAGGACCCCGCUUCGAGCGCGCUGGCCGAUACGCCAGCACAUUGGUCAUCAGCAUCGCCCUCUUCAUCUACAAGCUCGCAGUCGGACGAGACGCAAGAUCCAGGUGUGAAGGGGAAACACAGAAUUUCGCCCAUCAUCAAGCCAAAAUCGGAAGACGGCUUAGUGGUGCGCAGGUCGUCGGUUAAGCGGGCGCCCUGGACAUAUGGCCCAGACACUACGAUUCAGAGCGUAUCCUCAGACUCGAGAUUCUUCUUUGAUCAUUUCUCCAAUUUCAUAGCGUCAAAAAUGGUUGUGCUCGACUUCCACGACAACGCAUACCGGCAGAUGGUUCUACCCCUCGCGGCUCAGAACCCCAUGGUUUCACAGGCCGUCGGUGUAGUCUCGGCAUUCCACCUCUCCCAAGUGGUUCCAUCGCUUCGAAUGAAAGCAGAGGUCGGUCAGCAGCGGGUGCUGUCCAGGCUACGGCGUUCUGCACUCGACCCCAACCCGGAUUCAUUCUUCAAGCACUCUAACUGGGUGACCAUUCUCGUGCUUUUGGUGGGAGAUACCAUCACCGGCUCGAAAAAUUACGUUUAUCUUCUCGACUUAUUAUUACAGCUAUCGCGAGCAGCAUUGUCCGACAAGUCCCUUCCUGACAACAUCAAGCAAUUUGUCAAAGAACAAACACAAAUGUUUGAGCUAUUUGGAUCUCCGCUCUCCAGCCCACAAAAGGGACUGGACAUGAUGCGUCGACGAUCCGCGGACUAUCUUUCAUUCAUGUCGUACUGUCCUUCAACUCCAGAGCAGCAAGUCACCGUCAAUAUAAUGACGGAAGUCAUGCAGCAGGCUUGCGAAAUCUUUGAAAAUAGAGCUUCAAAGACGACGACACCCGAAUCAUCCAUCGCCUCGGUUGAACGGGUGCGCCAGACAGUCAUUGACAUGGAUCCGGAGGCGGACGGCAGCCAUGCCCUCGUGUGGCCGUUUUUCAUUGCUGCGGCUGAGAGCACGCUACCAGAACACCGCGAGUUCUUUGCUGGCCGCUUAAAACAGCUAUUCUCGAAUACACGCUUUGGCAGCAUCCCGGUGGCGCUUGACACGCUCAAGUACAUAUGGAGCAAAAGCGACACCACGAGCUGGACUGACAUUGUUACAAGUGAACGGCAGGUUUUGAUUAUGUAA